CAGAGCCUCAGUCACUGCAUUUGGGAUUAUCCGUUGGGAAGGACGGAACUGGGAUUGUUCUCCUGCAGAUCCUGUGGAUCCGCUCACCUCUGGAGUGAGAUCUGCUCUGCCCCCGGUCUUAUUAUCUCACCUCCUUUCUACGGUUAUCUCUGGCAACCAUCUCGCUGGCGGCUCUCUCUGUGCUUUCAGGAGGGAUCAGGAGGAGAACUUUAACUAUUGGAUGCCCACAUCAGACCACCCUGCCGCUCCCACCAGCACUCCCGGCACCUCCUGAGAUGAACAAGCUGCGGCAGAGCCUACGGAGGAAAAAGCCAACGUAUGUCCCAGAGGCCAGCCGACCCCACCAGUGGGGGGCAGACGAGGAGGCCGUGAGGAGGGGGAAAUGCAGCUUCCCUGUCAGGUACCUGGGGCACGUGGAGGUGGAGGAGUCGCGUGGCAUGCAUGUAUGUGAAGAUGCUGUGAAGAAGCUGAAGCUGCUCGGUAAGAAGUCAGUAAAAGCCAUUUUGUGGGUUUCCGCUGAUGGACUGCGAGUUGUGGACGAUAAGACAAAGGAUCUCAUAGUGGACCAAACCAUUGAAAAGGUUUCAUUCUGUGCACCAGACCGCAACUUCGACAAGGCUUUCUCUUAUAUAUGUCGAGACGGAACUACCCGACGCUGGAUAUGUCAUUGCUUUAUGGCCUUGAAAGAUUCGGGGGAGCGCCUGAGUCAUGCUGUGGGCUGUGCGUUUGCUGCCUGCCUUGAGCGAAAGCAGAAGCGAGAAAAGGAGUGCGGAGUCACUGCAUCCUUCGAUGCCAGCCGUACCAGCUUUGCCCGCGAGGGAUCCUUCCGCGUCACCUCGGGAUCCCAGCAAACGGAGCGCGAAGAUGCGAUGAAGCAGGCACAGGAUAAGAAGAAAGGUGAAGCAGCUCAGACCCAGCCUAUAAUUGCUCCACCCAACCCGGCGCUGCCAGUCCCACCGGAGAGUUCUUCUCAGCUACAAGGUCACUCAGGUCCGGCAGAGAAGGGGGACACUAGCGGCCAGCAUGCAAUCCCCCGCAGACACGCUCCCCUGGAACAGCUUGUGAGACAGGGAUCUUUUCGAGGGUUCCCAGCUCUGAGCCAGAAGAACUCGCCCUUCAAGAGGCAGCUGUCGCUGAGACUCAACGAGCUCCCGUCCACCUUACAGCGCAAAACCAACUUCCAGGACAAGAGCCAAGUCACAGAAAUGGAUCCUGCAGGACCACCGGAUCCAGAUGGAAUUACCGAUCUUUGCAACCAGAUCAAUAACUCCUUUACUAACAAACCUCCGGAAGACCCCUUUAUCAAUGGCAAUGGAACUAUGACCCCUCCUAAUGUGGCACCACGGCAGACGGCACAGAACGUCCCUGGAUGGACAGAUCAAGCAAUGACCACCCCAGCCCCUUCUAACUUUCAGAUGGGUCAUCGCCGAACACCAUCUGAGGCUGAGCGAUGGCUGGAAGAGGUAGCGAAAGCAGCCAAAGCCCAACAGCAGCAGCAACAACAACAGCAGCAGCAACAAGAGCCCAUGCCUCAACCUAUGGUGGCUGUGCCCAUGGCAGUACCAGCUGCUGUGCAGGCCUAUCCUGUCUCAUACGAUGCCACCCCUGCUCCCGUUGGCAUGUUUAUUGCUCCUCAUAUGCAGGCUGCCUAUGUACCUGUAGGUAGUUAUACUCCAUCUAUGGCCAACAGCAUGUCCUACCCUGCUCCCAGUGUGCCUGUGGUGGGUAUUACGCCGUCUCAAAUGGUGGCCAAUGUUUUUUGUUCUGCCACCCAAGUCCCAUCCUCCAACCUGGCAUGUAAAACCAACCCAUUCCCACAAAACAUUCUGCACUCUUCAACCACAAGCAUCCAGAACCCUGCCUCUUCCCAGCCACCUCUCUCAUCAGGACCAAAGUCAAACGGCACAGCCAAUGGUACAUGGCCUCCAGAUCCCAGCCAGCUUAGAUUGGCCUCCACAGCACAGGAGGUGGACCAGUUUGAAGCUCAGUGGGCAGCACUCGAGUCCAAGUCUCAGCAACGUAUGGCCAACCCUUUCUCCAAUGAACUUCAAAAAACUUUCCAGAUAGAAUUGUAGCCAAGAUGGCACCAAGUCUACGUAAACUGUGUUCAGGAUGAAGUGUCGGUCCAGGACCGGCCAGGAGGGUUUGCCAACUCCGCUAUGUCUACUAAGACUCCGAAUGCCAGUGGUGGGGGGUAGGGUGGGGGGUAUAACUGGAGAUCAUCUGAUAAAAAAAAAAGACCACAUCUAUAUUUAUGGAUGGGAUUGAUAGGGUCACCUGUUAUGUUGUAGCCACUGGGGAUGAGGACCGCCAGACCUGCUUAUUGAAUGUGAACACAAAAAUCUAGAAAGAUCUUGGUUUAUGGGAAUAAUGUAUGACUGGAACAUGGAGGUAGGAAACACGAGAGUUCUAAGAACAGCAGAAUGGUUAUGUAGGUGCAGAGGAGGUUUGAGGUAAGUGAUAGCGAGGCACUGAGGUGGGAUAUGUUGGACGUGGGGCGGAUGUCACUCACAUCAUUGCAUAGUUUUACCCCACAGUGGGCACGCUGCCCAUACCGCUGCCCGUGGGGGCGCUCUUUCUGUCGCUGGGUCUUCUAUCAGGUCUUAUUAUUUAUUUGUAUAUACUGCUGGUCUGUUCUAAAUUAUUCAUCUAGAGGAGCUUCCAAGCCUCUGCUGCCUCCUGCUGGAAGAGCGUGGAACUUGCACACACAGCUAUAGACGCACACAUUUAGGGGAGUAUUUCACCCAUAUGAAGUGAUGGCAUCUCGGUAGGCAUCACAUGCUGAUUGUGGGGUUUCAAUCUCCGGCACACAAAGUGAUUGGGCUGCGGCGUUCUGGAUUUUUCCCUGCAUCGUGCCAGGGCCUUCUAGGCAAGUGCAGCUCAGUGCAAUUUAGUUGGCAUGGGACUGAGUGGUUGGACCCACACCUAUUGGCAAGUGAUGGCAUACCCAGCGAUAUGCUGCCACUGCAAUACCAACUGGACAGAAUCAGCAAUUAUAUUUAGCCAGGAUCAGAAAGCAAAGAAGUCCAUGGCACCUACAUAAAUGGCGCUCGUGUAUCCAUUUAUCCAUGUUAUAAAGUGGCGCACUUUUCUUCCGCGCUUUAGACUUCUUCUUGCUUGUGUCGGUGACGCACCGGGCAUCCAGGCUUCUCAUUUCCAGGAUUUAACCCUUCAUGGCUGCGUCUGUGGGCGGCUGCGCAGCGUGCAUCCUCUGCACAUAGAGGAGGCAGAUGUUAUUGGUGGCCUCAUAUUGGCUCUGACCACAAUAAUGGCCGCCUCCUUUAUGGACCGGGGAGGGAAGCUUCACUGUUUCAUCUCAUUUCUUUGUGCCAAAUCAUAAUUCGUGUCAUUUGUGACCAAACCGUCGAUCGCAGCAUAGACGAUUAUACUUCUUGUAUAGACCCAGUUACCUUUUAUGUUUCUUUUUGUAGCUUUAUGUUUUAUUUGUAUUUUUUUUAUAUAUAUAUAUAUAUAAAUGUAACUUAUAUGCCAAAUGUAUUCCAUAUUUAAUAUAUAUUUUCCUAGUUCUGUUGCAUUUGUUAAAAUUAACUUUUGGAAAUGGAAGUUGACUAAAUUGGGAGAUAGCCGGAGAAGUCGCGUCAAGGUCCAUUACAGAUUUGUUUCUCCACCUUUGGCCACUUACUACAGAUCUGUAUAGGGAAUAUGGAUUACUAUGCUCCCCAUGCAGAUACAUGCAACUUUCUUUGCUUUUUUUCAGACCCAACAGCAUGGGCGAACCCAUGGUGAGCAUACUUACCUGACCCCAGCCACUGCGUUCCGCCUCCCUCGCUCCACCUCGAGCACCACUGGUACUGUAGCUACCCGCUUCAACAUGGUGGUUGACCGCCACAGCCAAUGUCUUGUUGCAGCAGUGACAAGUAACCCAUGUGUCACAUGACCCAAUGACAUGACACAUCACCGUCAUAGCCAGCAGCAGUCACGUGACCUGUGUCGAACAGGAUGUUGAUGCAGGUAGAUACGACAUCAGCAACGUACAAUGGGGAGCAAUGGAGCCGGAACCCAUGCUCACCACCACAGGUCCGGCCACAGUGUUGGGUAUGGAAAAAAGCACAAGAAAGGUGGACAACCCCUUUAAUGGUACAUGCACAGUGCACUUUUUUGCUGUGUUACCGCGCCAAAAUCCACAGGUGUUACUUGUGGAUUUUGUCACGGACUAUGACAUGGAUUUGCCCAAGAUCUCAUGCUUUGCAUUGCAAAUCUGCACAAACAAUUGACAUGCCACAGAUUGGAAAAUCCGCAGUUUCUGCGCAGAAAAUUACCACACCGUGUACAUGAGAUGUUAAAAACCUCAUCCACCACUACUGUAUUACACUGUGAAUUUUCUGAAUGGAAAUCUGCACGCAUGUGGCUAAAUUCAUCCAAGAAGUGGUCAAAUGUGGAAAAAAAAUGCUAUUUUGCACAAUAGUUUUUCGUCAUCUGAAUUUUACUCAACAAAGACUUCUAGACAAUUAAAGGGGUUGCAUGGGACUAGAUAAACAUGGCUGCCUCCUUCCAGAAACAGCGCCACACCUGUCCGCAGGUUGUGUCAGAUGUUGCCGCAACUCUGCAUGCUUGAACUGAACAAGGUUGAGCUGCCGUACCACACACAACCUGUGGUCAAGUGUGGAGCUGCUUUUGGAAGAAAGCUGCCAUGUUUAUCUAAUUCUGUGCAACCCUGAAUCUGUCCGAACUACAAGAGCAAGCGCUGGUCUAAAAGGUAUAAAGAGCUGCAGGACCUGUUGGGCCACCGCUCCCUUCACUUCUAUGGGACUGAUGUCGACAGUCCUCCGAACUUGUAGAAAUGAAAGGAGCGGUGGACUGGCAUGCGCACUCAGUGACCCCCAUUUCCAGUAUGCAUGGGGUCCCAGUGGUCAGACCCCCCAGCGAUCCUACAUUUUAUGACUUAUCCUGUGGAUAGAUGAUAUUCGGGAGAUCAUCCCUUGAAUGUCAUACAGGUAGUUGACCAAUGUCCCGUCCUAGAUAGUGUCCUACUGAAGAAACUCCCAGAAGGACAAAAACUUAACUAAAUUAUCAUGAAAACAAGUAAAGAAGGGCAAGUAAAAUGAAAUGGGUCCCCAAAAAUAGCUUGGGGACCCCCGUUACCCUUUAUUAUGCCAUGUGGCAUAAGACCAGGUGUGUCUCCCACCAGCAUCUCCUGAUGAAGUUCUAACCAUUGAUUGACCGCAGUGGUCUUCUUGCUCUACCCCAUCAUAGACAAUGUGAAAUGGCACGUAUUCUUCACCUGUCUUGCUGAGAGGGAUCACUUGACCAGUUCCAUGGUGAUCUAGUAGAUUUGCCUGGGGACAGAUUCUUUUUACAGCCUGCCAUCAUCUUGGAUCAUCUCAUAAUUUGUGUAGACCGCCAAUGUUCUUGUGAUGUCAUUUGAUAAACCUUAAGUGAAUGUCUGCCCUUGAACGCAACAUAUUUUUCUCUAAAUAGAUUAAAAAUUCUGUGCCGAUUAAUGUCUUAAAGCUGUCAGCAGGAUCAACCCAAUUCACCCACACCUACUGCCUGGUAGAGUUGAUCCUGCUGAUUAUGGUGUUCCGGUGCCAAACUUCUGCUUUCCAGAACGCUGCUAGUUUCACACAUUCCUAUUGUGCAGUCAGCGCCGGGACGCUUGUGCAGUAAUGAGCUGUUAACUGUGCAUGUGCCGGAAGCUCUGCUUCUACUACUAAGCUGGCCUGCAAUGUACAUGACGUUUGUUAUAACGCCCGCACAUUCGCCUGGACCAGAAAACAGACUAGUGAAUCUGGAACAGCAUGUCAGCGGUAGUGAAGAAAACGAGGUUAGGGCCGCUUAUUAAAUGUCUGAUAGGCGUGGGUUCCACCCCUGGUCCUUUCUCAAGAACGGGGCCCCUCUAUGCUCUCCAUUCAUUGCUAUUGGACUUUGAAAAUAGUGUAGCGAGUGCAAGGACAAGAGGACACUGCGCAUGCACGGCCACCUCUUCAAUCAAUUUUUUUUUCGGAAGUUCCAUAGCAGUGAAUGGAGAAAGACACAUAUGCUCGGCUUUCCAUCUUUAAAGAUCUUCCAUUAUACUUGAACUCACUUAUAUAAAAAUCCACAAAAAUUGAAGGCCCCGGACUGAGAAGCCAUUUUAUUUUUCAUGCUACACCGCCAUCUACUGGUCACGAAGAGAAAUUUCAGUCAAAGUCUUUAUGUAUAUAUAUAUAUAUAUUAUCUGCAAUAUACGUGUCUGGCCAAUACCAAUAAUGGGCCAUUUUCUUGCUGUUCCCCUAGGGCAGAGUUUACAAUGAUAUCUACUCUUUAAAAAAAAAAUAUUACAUUUUCAUUUAUCCCCAACACACAGGGAGAUUACUGUCCCCCCCUCCCCCUCCCCCCCCCCCUUAGACCGUAUCCAUAUAUAACGUGUAUAUAGACAUGUGCAUAUUCAGAAUUGACUCAGGUGUCCGUUUAAAGUGUAAAUUUACCUCCAUGAUAGAUUAUAAUUCUACGCAGAUCAUGUGUCUACAAGAGUAUAAAAUCUGCAUAUACAGUAUCUAACAGGUGCUUACAUAUAAGAGAGUGUAUUUACAUGCUGGAUGUAUUCAGGUAUCACAAAUGGAGACAAAGCCACCUCCACCGACAGCUUAGGGUACUGUCACACUUGCGUUGUUUGAUUCCGGGAGGUAGUUCCGUUGCCUGAACUGUCUGAUCAGGCAAACUGUAUGCAAA